AACAUAUACUUGUUUAUGCAGCCAUUUGGUCAAGUUCCAACUUUAGAACAUGGAGAUCUGAAGCACUUUGAAUCAAGGGCAAUUACCAAAUACGCUGCCUACGAGUUUGCUAACAAGGGAACCCAACUGAUACACCAAGACUCCAAGAAGAUGGCAAUCACAUUGGUUUGGAUGGAGGUGGAGGCCCAACAGUAUGACCCAGUAGCUUCAAAGCUAGUCUGGGAGCUGGGAAUAAAGCCAUUGGUUGGCAUGGUUACAGACAAAGCAAUUGUGGAGGAAAAUGAAGCUAAGCUGGCUAAGGUUCUUGAUGUCUAUGAGAACCGACUGGCUCAUUCAAAAUACUUGGGACGUGACUGCUUCACCUUGGCAGAUUUACUUCACCUUCCAACUCUUCAAUACUCGUUGGGCACACAAUCUCAAAAGCUCUUUGAUUCCCGCUCCCAUGUCAGUGCAUGGGUAGCUGAUUCACGCUCCCAUGUCAGCGCAUGGGUAGCUGAUUCCCGCUCCCAUGUCAGCGCAUGGGUAGCUGAUAUCACAGCAAGGCCAGCUUGGUUGAAGGUCCAAGCCAUGCGAAAGAAGCACUAAGGAGUUAGCUGCAGCCUGCUACUCUAUUUUAAUUUUUCUUAAAUAAGCAUGCCCUUUGACCUAUGUGUGUUUUGAGUUCAGUGUUACAAUCUCCUACUUCAAUGUGGGAGACUAUGUUUUUAUGA